AUGGCGAACGGAUCGACCCUGUCUGGGGGGCAGCGCCAGCGCAUGGCCAUCGCGAAGGCGCUUCUAUGUCGACCAAAGAUUCUUCUACUUGAUGAGGCAACCUCUGCCCUGGACUCCGCCUCAGAGGAACUAGUCCAGAGGACAAUUCAGCGUGUGAUGAAAGGGCGAACGGUCAUCGCUAUUGCCCAUCGACUAAAGACGAUUGUCGAUGCUGAUGAGAUCUUAGUAUUCAAGCAUGGACAGAUUGUAGAAAGAGGUAGCCACGGGAAGUUGAUGCAACUUGAGGGUGAAUAUUGGCAGAUGGCCAGGUUACAGUCACUGAUGGGGGAAGAAUGA